AGAUAGCAGCAGAUGGACUGUAGCCUAACAACGGAUAUACUGUGUGUGUGACAGUGUGUGUGAGAGAGUGGUUGUGAAUGAGUAGCAGCAAUCUUCUUUCAUGUCCUCUGGAUUUGCACGCAGUGAGUAAUAAUCCUCUGGAGGGAGGAAAGGGAUACAGACAAGCGAAAAGGAGGCAGAGUGAACACUUGCUCUUCACACUUCACAAGCCCAGCAAACUCUUCCCACCCUGUCAUCAAUGCACAGGACAGGAGGGGCUCCAUAAAUGCUUCGGACUGUAGAGGGACACUGCCUUUCUUGAUUUUGCAGAACAAGAUCAUUGUGUAAGCUAGAGGAGUCAGGAUAGGUGAGAAAGGGAACCUUUGGGAGCACAGGGACGGGGGGUUCUCUCUGGUGAAGAUGAGUCUGGACCCUGUGCAGGUGAUGAGCGGACAGGUCAAGGAACUCAAAGUUGGCCCUUCGUCCAACGGGGACAGCAGAGGAUCAUGGGAAGAGAAAGAAGAAAUUGACCAGGAUAACGUGGGCCUCACCACAAAGCCAAAACCAGUGACAGGGAGGCGCACCCGGAAGGUGGAGGGAGGCGUGUUUUUUCCAAAACCAGAAAACGCAGUGACCGUUGCCGUCUCUUCUCGAGUCUUGUUUCGGACCGAGAGGGAGCAGAAGGUGUUUGAGCAGGACGGCGUAGAGGAGUAUCUGAGGUUCCAAAUCGAACAUGAGAACGAGCCCUUCACCCCUGGACCUGCUUUCCCCUUCGUCAAGGCUCUGGAGGCGGUGAACUGUCGUCUUCGGGAGCUGUACCCACAAAGUGAAGAGCUGUUCGAUAUUGUUUUGGUGACGUACAACCAUGCCCACGUUGGAAUCCGGCUCAUCAACACCAUCAACCAUCACAACUUGUUUAUCGAGAGGUUUUGUAUGACGGGGGGAAGCAGUCCCAUCGGCUACCUGAAGGCCUGGCAAACCAACCUCUACCUGUCUGCAGACGCCGACAAGGUCAGGGAGGCGCUGUCUGAAGGCAUCGCAGCAGCCACCAUGUUCACGUCGGAGAAGGUCACAGAGGUGUCAGAGUCCCAGCUCAGGGUGGCAUUCGAUGGUGACGCCGUCCUCUUUUCCGAUGAGUCCGAACGCAUCUUCAAGGCUCACGGGCUGGACAAGUUCUUCGAGCAUGAGAGGGACAACGAGGACACGCUGCUGGAUCAUGGUCCCCUUAAAGGCUUCCUGGAAGCACUUGGGAAGCUCCAGAAAAAGUUUUACGCUAAAGGCCAGCGCCUGGACUGUCCCAUCCGAACGUACUUGGUCACAGCACGCAGCGCCGCCAGUUCUGGGAUCCGGGCGCUAAAGACCCUCAGGGCCUGGGGGUUGGAGAUCGACGAGGCCUUGUUCCUGGCAGGAGCACCGAAGGGCCCCAUGCUGGAGAAGAUCAGGCCUCACAUCUACUUUGACGAUCAGAUGUUUCACGUGGAGGGAGCUGCUGAGAUGGGCACGGUCGCUGCACAUGUUCCCUACGGCAUUGCACAGAAACAUAACGCCAAACAGAACAUCAGUGUGAGGAAAUAGACGGCAGGGCUUCACCGUCAUCCAGCCAGAAAAACAGAACAAGAGAAUGAAGAAAUGUCUUAUUGAAGAAUAAAAGUGAAGAUGAGGAUUUCCAGAGAGUUUGGAAAGAUUAACUUGUUUGUGGAAAUGCAUCAUUUCCAUAUAGUAGCCAUUGUAUUGUAAGUUUGGUUAAUCAAAAUGUAAACUGUCUCAGCUAAAUGCUAUCACAUUAAAUACAGGUUGUAUGCUACUGCUUUAAAUAAUAUCAGUCAUUUAAUAGACCAUUAUCAGUUGUAAUCCUAAAGUAUUGAUUUGAAGUGGUAUGGCCCAACUCUACCUAUUAGUUGGCUCUGUAGGCUGUUAUAAUAUACUGGUAAGCUGGAUCACUGCAGGUAGAUUUUAAUUGUUGGACGGAGACCUCUAGUGGCCAUAAUAAUUUUGACUGAAGCAAGAAAGGAAGUCAAAUAUUAAGUAGGAUAAGCAAAAAAGUAUGUGUCACUUACGUCGCAUACGUAACUUAUGCACACAAGUAAAAAACAUAAUUAUUUUAAUGGUAAUAUUACAUUUUCCUUAACCUUACAAGGAGGGUUGUUUCAAUUAUCAACUUUAAAAACACGUUUAAAACUGCAAAUGUAUCACUUUCAGACAAGAUGGUGCAGUUUGCCCUGUCUGAACAUUAUAACAGUAUUUGAUAAUAACUGAUAACAGAUAUUUAAUAGGCUGAUAGUAUUUACAUAUGUUGACAGGUCAAGUAGAGGUCUUGAUCCAGAGUUGCUUAGCGUUCCUAAGCUUUACAUUUCAAGCCUCAAUCUACCCAAAAUUGAAGUGUUUUGUCAAAUCUUGCAUUAUGGUACAUUUGAAGGUGCUUUCAAAAUGCUGUGUUGACCUGUUAUUUUCUGUCAUAUUCUUUAUAAAGAAGGUUCCUCAGUGAAUACAGAA